GCGUGCUGGAUGCAAUCAAACUGAGUAAUAUUAUUAUUUUUUUUUCAUCGACUUUUUUUUCUCCCCCCUUCUCCGCGCAGCAGCAACGCCCUGCAACCUCGCAGACCGGCGUGCGCACCCCGCGCAUCUCUCACAAGCUCACAGACCGACCCGUCGGACUGUCCGCACGUCGAGUUCCUGUUGCAGCACUUGAGUUGCAUUCUAGUAGCCGGCCCGGAGGCUACUCAACCAUCCUCCCGUCCUCAUCCUCCAUCUCAAACGUCGAGUGAGUAUUGGAGACGCGGGCUCGGAGCGGAUGGAUACGUCCGAAGAGAAAGCGGCGGUGAUCUGAUGGAGAGCCGCAGCCACAGUUUUUCCGCCGGACAUGAUUUUCAUCUCGGGAGUUGCCUGUGCGGAGCAUGCGGGAUGAUGAUGAUGAUGACACCAUGAGCGUCUGCCGCACCCCAGGAGGUCUUUUGACGAGAAGCGGCCGUCUUCUUUUUGCCCCCGCGAACCAACUGGAUUGUUUUUGCCCUGGACUCGCCAUCAACGCGCCGGCUGGGACUAUUUGCUGGGAUUGUGUUGUGGGGGCUUUUUUCUGAAGGGAUCUCCUGUGGACUGUUGCUAUCCCACCCGGGGAGGGAAAACAGGCGUCUCGCUUGCUCGUUUCGGCGCACAACAACAAAAUGGCCGAAAAGACGGACGGGGUCUCCGUCAGCAUCCCCAUGGAGGAGACCAAAGUUCACAGCGGGGCACCUCCGGAAGCGCCCCUGCUCACCCACCUGAAGAAAGUGGAAAAUCACAUCACCGAGGCCCAGCGAUUCACCCACCUCCCACGUCGCUCCGCCGUGGAUUUGGAGUUUAAUGAGUUGUCUUACACCAUCCGUGAGGGUCCCUGGUGGAGGAGGAGAGGUUACAAAGCUCUCCUCAAGUGUCUAUCCGGAAGAUUUAACAGCAGAGAGCUGAUUGGCAUCAUGGGACCCUCCGGAGCCGGGAAGUCCACCCUGAUGAAUAUUUUGGCGGGAUACAGGGAGACGGGCAUGAAGGGUCAAAUCCUGGUCAAUGGCCGCCCGAGGGACUUGAGGACCUUCCGGAAGAUGUCCUGCUACAUCAUGCAGGAUGAUAUGCUCCUGCCGCAUCUGACCACCAGGGAGGCCAUGAUGGUUUCGGUCAAUCUGAAACUCAACGAGAGCAUGCAGGUCAAAAAGGAACUGGUGCACGAGAUUCUGACAGCUUUGGGGCUUUUGGACUGCGCUCAAACCCGGACCAACUCUCUUUCGGGGGGUCAAUGCAAAAGACUGGCCAUCGCCCUGGAGCUCGUCAACAACCCUCCCGUCAUGUUCUUUGACGAGCCCACCAGCGGUCUGGACAGCGCCUCGUGCUUCCAGGUGGUCUCCCUCAUGAAGUCGCUGGCUCAGGGGGGACGAACGAUCAUCUGCACCAUUCAUCAGCCGAGUGCCAAGCUCUUUGAGAUGUUUGAUAAGUUGUACAUCCUCAGUCAAGGUCAGUGCAUCUACAAGGGCACGGUCCCUUACCUCAUCCCUUAUCUGAAGAACCUUGGCCUCCACUGCCCGACGUAUCACAAUCCUGCAGAUUUCAUCAUCGAGGUGGCGUCGGGAGAGUACGGCGACUUGAACCCGGUGCUCUUCGAGGCGGUCCAGGGUGGACUCUGCUCCGAGGAGGGCAAGAAGAACUCGAGAGACAAGAGUGACUCGUCCUGUCCCUCUCAGUGCUACAGCGACACGGGGACCCUCGAGAAGCAUAGCUUUGCCACCAGUACUUUCACCCAGUUCUGCAUCCUCUUCAAAAGAACCUUCAUCACAAUCUGCAGGGACACGGUGCUGACUCACCUCCGAGUGAUGUCCCAUCUGUGCAUCGGAGUGCUGAUCGGUCUGCUCUAUCUGAAAAUUGGAAACGACGCCAGUAAAGUCUUCAACAACACGGGUUUUCUCUUCUUCUCCAUCCUCUUUCUCAUGUUUGCCGCCCUCAUGCCCACCGUUCUAACCUUUCCUCUGGAGAUGUCCGUCUUUGUAAGGGAACACCUCAACUACUGGUACAGCCUGAAGGCCUACUAUUUGGCCAAAACCAUGGCGGACGUACCGUUCCAGGUGAUUUGUCCGAUCAUGUACUGCAGUAUCGUGUACUGGAUGACGGAACAGCCUGCGGAGGCUGGGCGCUACCUGCUCUUCGUGGCCUUGUGCACAUCCACGGCUCUGGUAGCGCAGUCGCUGGGGCUGCUCAUUGGCGCUGCGUCCACGUCUCUGCAGGUCGCAACAUUCGUCGGUCCGGUCACAGCCAUACCUGUGCUCCUGUUCUCUGGCUUCUUUGUCAAUUUUGACACCAUUCCCAAAUACCUGCAGUGGAGCUCCUACUUAUCCUACGUCAGGUAUGGCUUUGAGGGCGUGAUCCUCUCCAUCUACGGGAUGAACCGCACUGACCUCGAAUGUCCAGGCCUCGUGUGUAAAUUCCAAAAGCCGGAGGAGGUCCUGCAGCUUCUUGACGUGGAGGAUGCGAAGCUCUACGUAGACUUCAUGGUGUUGGGGGUUUUCUUCUUGGUUCUCAGACUGGCCACUUACUUAGUCCUUCGCUACAAAUUCAAGUCUGAGCGUUGAUCAACUCCUCGGUUCAACUUGACCCUUGAAACCGCUUGAUAUUCAUGAACGUUUCCUGCGUCGCUUCCCCUCAUAAGUUGCCCCCACCAUUUGUCUCCCCCUCCAGGCUGCUUGGAUUCCUUCUACAGUUGUCAUCACAGUCCGCAACAUUGCUCAUCUUUCACUAUGCGUAUGAACCAUGACAAAAGCUACAGAAAGCAUGUUUAAUUGAACUAAGGAUCCGGAAUGACCCCUUGACCCCUUGACCCCUUGACCUUGGAAUGCGCUUGUAUGCUUAUUUCCAAGGAAAGUGGCCCACAAAGUACUUUUUGCCUCCCAAUGGCGAGAGAGUAAUCUUCCACUCUCAGGAAAUCCAGUGAUUGGCGUUUGAAUUGAAACGCUGGACCAUAUUUCCAGAAGAAUACAUUCCUGUUGUGACCGGGGGGGGGGGGAAAGGAGAAAGUUCAAGUGCCAGACCUUUUAUCGGCUUCCCACUUUCCUUGAAUCCCGCGUAUCCUUUGUGGGGACACAAUCUCGACCAUACCAACUGCCACAGAAUGCCUGCCCCCCCCCCCCGCCCCCCCCCCUGCCCCCCGCCCACCGUGACCGAUCCUCUUGGUGGGCCUUAUGGCGCACCGUGAACAUGAAUGAUUGAAUGAAUCAGGACGAUGGACGUGUAAAGAUGUCAUUAGCGUGUCUAACUCAUUUGCCGGCGGGACAAUAACUCUUUGUUUGUUGGGCGGGGGGGGGAGACAACCUUGAAGGAAAAACAGACGUGACUGCUGCUUUUAGCCUGAUGCAGAAGGCUAAAUGAACUGGCUGCACUUAAGAAAAGUGCAGGAGCUCAGGUGGGGAUAGUUGAGGAGAGGAAAAAAAAAAGGAGAGAUGCUUGUCUAGUCGCUGUUACUCUUCUGAAGCAAUUCGUCCAAGUACUUGGAUGAUUCUUCGACCUGCCCGCCUCCACUCCCACCCGUGAGCUGUGAUGGAAUUAUCUUUUCUUCUCUCCAUCACUCGGCAUUGCUGAUGUCUGACUGAGGCCCGUUUUCCAAAACAACGCUCGAUACUUGAAAUGCCGGCUGGGCUGAUCGUGUGCCUCUGAACAAGAACGAAACACGCUUUGUCCGCUUCCGUGCUGGAUGUUUGCGCGCACACAAUUCAUAUCGCCAUACAUGCUGGUCUGUCUGUCUCUCUUUCAACACACACACACACACACACACACAUGCACGCACGCACGCAUCCUUGUUUCAGGGCAGUGCAACUAUUUUCCUGUAGACUUGCUAUGAAAUAUUUCUUAUUCAAUCGAUGCUACUUAGUAAUCCUAAUUAUAAUGUAUAAAAAUAAUGUAGGCAUAUAAUCAACGAUUGUACAGUGGAUAUGUUAUGCUGUGAAAGAAAGAAAAACAACAAGUACAAUGCACUUUUCAAUUUGUUUUAGAACCUUAUUUAUUUGUACGAUAUUUGUCUUUUUUUUUAUAGCUUCGCGUUUGACGAAACGUAUGCUUUGACUAAAUGUAUGCCUCUUAUCAUGUUCACGCAGCUGGUACAACCUAAGAAAAAAGCCAACAAGUAUUGCUUCUUGGAAUGAGAAGCUAACGAGUGAAAAAAAAAUCACUCUGUUAGAUUUCCGUAAAAUGCAAUCGAUGAACGGAGGCACGGAUACUGUACGUGAAAAUAACAAUUGCAGUAUUGUUUAUGAUUCCAUCAAAAUUGUAAUGACAUGAAUGCGUUUGAUUUUCAGGUGAAAAGUGUACGUUUAAAAGCUAGGAAAAGAACUGUAACUCGCUUUUUGGAACUUUGGUUCAAAAGAACACCGUAGCAGGGGGCCCCGAGUCGUGUUAUUAAUAGCAAUAGAAAACAUCAUGACCUUUUAUUGUCCAACGUCCUCACCCAACUGUCAUCUCGUGUACGUUUUGUAACGGAAACCUGAUUGAUGCACUUUAAUUUGUUGCCAACAGCAUUGUGCAAUAGUAACUCAGAUGACACACCUCAUCAAGGAAAAUGCAUUUUGUUUUGUGUUGUGGCCACUCAGUAAAAAAGCAUUUUGAAUGUGCAUGUUCAAGGAAGCUUUAGAGGGGUAAAAGCAAAAAUAAUGCAACUCCAAUAUAACGCCGAUGCUACUUUAAAUGCCACAGGGAGGGUACUGCCUUUGAU